CCACUUCAAGAUCAAGAACAAACCACGAUCCCUGCAAAAAUAGCUGGUAUAAUACCACUUCAAAAUCAAGAAGAGACCACGUUCCCUGCAAAAAUGGCCAAACUUCUUCUCUGCACUCUCUUCACCCUGGCUCUCCUCCAACUCUCUCUCGGAUCCGAUCAUACAGGAGAAUUUUGCAAUUCCAACAAGAAAAUCUCAGACAAAUCCACAAUGACCAACAUCGGCUUAGUCCUAUCGGAACUGGAAACUAAAGGCCCGUCUAACGGGUUUGCCACAGCCUCAAUAGGCCAAGGCAAAGAGAGAGUGUAUGGGCUCCUCCAGUGCAGAGGUGACAUUAGCCCCAAAGAUUGUUCAUCUUGCACGAGUGACGCGACGAAACAGAUCCGCCAGCUCUGCCCCGACGAAGCCGAUGCGAGAAUAUGGUUUGACAAUUGUUUCCUUCGUUAUGACACUGAUGAUUUCAUGGGAGAACUGGAUACCGGGUAUGGUAUCUUCUAUUGGAACGUACAGAAUGUAACAGAACCGGAGAGGUUUGCAAAGGAGCUCGGAGAUUUGAUGGACAAGAUCACGGCGAAGGCAGUGGAGCCCGGUAACAAGGGCUUUGGGAGUGGAAAGACCAAGUUCGCACCAUUUGUGACCAUCUAUGGGUUGGUACAGUGCACCCAAGACUUGCCUAAGCUCCAAUGUGCACAGUGUUUGUCCAUUGCUAUUUCGAACUUCGGCGGCGGCGGCUACUGCGACGGGAAGAAGGGGUGUCGGGUGUUUUAUAGCAGUUGUUCAGUGCGGUUUGAGAUAUACCCCUUCUUCCUCCCCCUUAGUUUCUAUACAAGAGAUGAGGUCCAUGCUUCCCAUGCUGUGUACCAUAAAUUACGGAAUUGACAAUGUCUCUACAACUCCCUUAAUAAAAGAUGCAUUUCUAUGAGGAUUUAAUGCCUUUUUCUCU